CAGGAUCUCAGUGGAUUUGUGACCCGCGCUGACACUAGAGGCGCCCUUGGCUUAGCCUGUGCGCUUUUACGCACAGCAUUAUGCAUUAUUAUUCUUGGAAAGCCUACUAAUCAAUCGGUCCGAACGGGUCAUAACACACAACGUUGUAUUGGAUCAGACAGGAUAUUAUGACAGGAUAUUAUGAUUCUUUAGAAUCGUAUUAUUUAAAACCCUAAUUUGAAUCCUUUCGAAGUAUUAUUAAGACACUUUCAGAGUGUCUUAAGCAAAACUGUCCUUCUCAGAAUCAGUUAAAACUUCGUUUUGGCUCAUUUAAACUUUAUAUCAGUGCUUUUCAGGCAAUGUGUGCACAAUUAUUCGUCCCUCCUAUUCAGGCUACGUGAUCAGUGACGCACAGGAGACUCUCUCCAGACUCUAGCGCGCACUGGGCUCUCCGCGCAUUAUGAUGGAGUGAGCCGAGACUACUGUCCAGCUUCCAGCACUAGAAGAGCUCCUCCUCCCUCCCCUGCGAUGAGGUAGUUGGUAAGACCGAGCGCUGGUUAAUCACCAAUUUCUCGAGUCUGCGCGUCGCGUCUCCGUCCUCCUGUCAUGCAUGCAACGUCCCCGCGGUUGCGCGCCUGACCUCCUGCGUUUUCAACCACGGCUUUUGUUUGUUCACCGCCCGGCAUGGGAGAUCACAGCGAGCCGACCAUGGUGCAGAAGUCGACAUCGUUCAGCAUCAAGAGUCUGUUACUCCCAUCCAAGUUUGACGAUGAGGGCGCGGAGCGCAGCGGAAGCCCGGCACCCGUACAGGACUUGGACAAACCCCCAGAAACGUCCGAGAUGGACCCCGCGCAGCGAGACGCGGAGGAGCAGCCGUCUAAAAAGGGAAAGAAAUUCGACAAGCCUCCGUUCAGCUACAACGCGCUCAUCAUGAUGGCCAUCAGACAGAGUCCUGAGAAGCGGCUCACGCUCAACGGCAUCUACGAGUUCAUCAUGAAGAACUUCCCGUAUUACCGUGAGCACAAGCAAGGCUGGCAGAACUCAAUCAGACACAAUUUAAGCUUGAAUAAGUGCUUCGUGAAGGUCCCGCGGCAUUACGACGAUCCUGGGAAAGGGAACUACUGGAUGUUGGAUCCCUCCAGCGAUGAUGUGUUUAUUGGCGGAACCACUGGGAAGCUCCGCCGGCGCUCGGCGACCUCGCGGGGCAAGCUGGUGAUGAAAAGGGGCCUCCGCUUCGCGCCCCUCGGACUCGGACUGGGCGAACGCCCGAGCAACCCGCUUUACUGGCAGCUGUCUCCGUUUUUACCCCUCCACCACUCGCACUAUAACGGCUCCACGCACGGAUUUCUAAACCAAGGACACGCGUACGGAUCGUUACUCCCGGGCGUCGAGCCGCUUGGGAACGGGGAUAUGUCUCGCCCCAUUUUGGGAGCCUCUAGCGGGAGUAUCAACGGGUACGGCGUGUCUCCGCCGUCCGCCGCCGGAUUACUUUCAGGGCACAAUGGAUACUUCGUACCGGGCGCGCAGCAGCCGCAGCCGCUUCCGAGCGCGCCGGGUUACGGCAUCUCCAGCUCUCCGUCCCCUCUCCUGUCGGAUUCCCUAAGAACUAGUUUGCCGUCCUUCACGACACCACUUUCUAGCGGACUCCUGUCUCAACACAAACGCGUCGCGCCCAGUUCGUUCCUAAGCUGAGCGUAAUAGGAAUAUCCAAACUUUCCUAGAAAACCUCGCCACGAAACGUGCUUUCCUUUUGUGUGAGGACUGUACGUUUGGAUUUUUUGUUGUCUAUUUAAGAUUAUUUUGUAAUAGAUGGUAUGCCAAAGGCAAUAACCGUACGUGUUUGUUUUUCUUUCUUUUUUUUUAAAAAAAAAAGGAUUAUUUAUAGACGUAUUUCUUUGUGAAUGAUGGUUUUGUAUUUAUUCGAAAUGUUUUUUAUCCCUUGUUACUGUGGGAUACUGUUAUGAUUAGAUGUUCGGCACAUAUUAUUCGUUUAGUAUAACUAAUUCCUUUUUUAUUUAUGUCCCAAACUGUGAAUGCGCCUUAAUAUCUUAAAUCAGGGUUGAGCGUUUGGACUGUCUCAGGUGUGCGUUCUGACAAUGAAACAUUAUUAUUAGCCGUGUAAACCUGAAAUAGGGUCAAAUAUAAAUCUAUAUGCAAUGUUUUAUGAAUUUGCCUGUGGGCCUGUGUUUAGAGAGGUCAUGUAAUGACUUACUAAAGCUAAGAUACUGAAUUAAAGCACUGGUUUAAAUAAACUAUGUGUGGGAUGAGUUCAUACAUGUACAUACUGGCACAUAAAAUGCUGUUCUGUGACGACACGAGAUUUUGUUUACACGCAUAACAGUAUUUUAAUACAGUUUUUACGCGUGGAGGUGAUUCAGCACCAAAGACAGAUCAUUAAUAACAUCCCUGCACAUUCGUUUGCUAUUAUAACAUUCUGAAGCCAUUAUUUUAACUCUGUGCAAAUCGGAAACGUGAUUUCUAGAGCUGUUUAUUACCCUUUUAACCAACGUGUGAUUUAUAGUUUUGCACCUUUAGUUGUCUAGGUGAUUUCAUGUGCAGAUUUGUACUAGUUUGUCUUUUUUCCUGUAUAUAUUUGCUGAACUUCAGUUCAGAACAAAGAAAUAAAGUAUUGGAAUAUUUCUG